AUGACCUCACAAACACUAACAAACUGGACGAUUCGAGACGUUGUUAUGAAAACCAGUUCUCGCAGAACUUCAAACUAUUUUCGAAACAGUAGUAGGGACAAGCCGAGUUUCAAAAAGGCCGGCAAAGUCUGCUUCGCGGAGAAUUUGGAGACGGUACAUGAGGUUCCUUACAACUACGACAUUUAUAAUAAAUCGAAUCUUCGCUUGAAAUUACCAGACAUUGAAGUGCACAAAUACACUCCGCUUGUUUGCAGAGAUCCCUACGCCAGACCAUCAAAGCGAAAACUAAGAGAUAAACUUGCAGACAUGUUUAUUAGCGACACCUUCAAGCUUCCAUUUAUUAGAGAAGACGUUACCAAGAAGAUAACUCCAACGAAAGGUAAAGAUGUAGACUCCUUGGCUGAACCACAAUUGCCAAAACCGAAAACUCGAACCAGAGCUUCUGACAAGUUUGAAGCCGGGAACACGCUGCAUUUUAAAUAUAGUGAUUUUAUAUUGAGAAAGAUGGAUAGAAGUACCUCUUCGAAAGAGAAACUGUUCUUUGUGAAGUAA